CCCAAACACUCGUCUUCUUCUCCGCGACGCCACCAGCUGCCUCGAAAGAAAACCCAGCUGCAAGCGCGUGACCGCCGACGCCACCCAAAGCGUGUGACCGCGAUGGCGCCGCCGACUGUCAAGAAUUUGCCAAGAGGAUCAUCAGGUCAGAACCACGAUGAAGCCAUGAAGUUUGCUAACAAUGAGGCUGAAGAGGGGGUAUUGCGCCUGCAGCAAAGAAAGCCAUCUGAUAUUUUUGUUUUCCCGCCUCCAGAUUCAUCAGCCAGUACCUUCUCUCAUCAAGACAUAUUUGGCUACUCAUCAGAGGUUCCGGGACUUAAGUUCGAUGAACAUGAAAGGUUCUUCAUUUGGAAGGAAAGGUGUCCCUGUUACCUCACCGUAUGACGCAGCGCAUACAUACCAUAUUGUUCAAUUCCAAGAAUACGAGGGAGGACCAAUGUUCCAGUAUCCUGUCCGAGAGUGCGAUGGGUACGUUGGUGGCUGGAGAGUUCUGAUGCACCCAGAAGAUGCUGAAACGGAACCAUGGUUUGAAUUUGCCCUCUUUCAUCUGCCAAGGCGCUUGUUUGUCAAUGUGGUUCCUACGAACUACCCCUUUGCUUACAAUAGCAUCAAAUCAAUCAAGCUAUCAAUCAAAAUACUCCCAGAAGUAUCCAAAUUCCUGUUGAAAACCCGCAAUUGGUAUGUGGAUCAGAGUACGAACACCCGAAAGAGAAAGGCACCGACAGUAACACCGGAAGGGAUAGUAUAUCUUAAUACUAUGAUUUUCCUUUGCGGUGAAGGCAGGCGCUAUUGGUUGUGUCUGAAAUUUGCAUGCCAGGGUCUAGAAAGCAUCAUACCCAUUAGUCCGGAUAAUGACAUAGAGAAUAUGGUUAAAUCAUGGGGAGAUGUAUGCGAGCACAUUCUAUCUUUAUAUCUGGUUGAGCUCGAGGAAGGGAUGGGCUUAAUCACUAAUCUCCAUGAGUUGGCACGCCAUGGCUUCAGGCGGUUUCUUGCCGAGGAUUCACUGAUGACCUUGCAAAGAAAAUGCAAUGGGAUGCUAUGGUGCACCGGUCCCGACAAGGAAAUCAAAUCUGAGUAUCUUUGUAAUGGCAACAUGCUUCUUCUGAAACAUCACAAAGAUCUUGUCCAGAAGAUUCUGAUGAGACAAAUGGGGUUCAAAGGAGCGUUCAAAGACACGCCAAAGUUUGUUCAAAUCGAACAUGGUGCAUGGAGAAAAGGCGAGUUCAUAAUCAAAGAAGAAGAUAUCACGCAAUAUUUGAAGCUUCUUGAAGAACGACGCCCUUGGGUCAAAACAGAUUUGGACGCUGAUGCCCACACUGGGCAGAGCUCCAGCCAGAUGGAUGGUGGUCAGAGCUCUUGCAAGAGUUUAGAUAUGGAAACAAAUUUGAUACUCAAAGUUCUUAAAGAACAACUCCCUUGGCCCCAAACUAAUUUGGAAGCUGAUGCCCACACUGCGCAGAGCUCCUGCCAGAUGGAUGCUGGACAGAGCUCUUGCCAGAGUGAAGAUAUGGAAACAAAUCUAGAUGCUGAACACUCAGUCAAGAAUGACAAGGUCCAAAUAUAUCUAGAUUCCAAGCUGGCUACUCAGAUGAUGCUAGAUGAUCUGAAUGAGCUGAGUAUGGACAACUCAAAGUUGCUGCCACUGCCGGGGCCGCAGCCUGCUCAGGAGCCCAGCUCCAGCACCGCAGCUGAAGGACAUCUUUUGUACGAGAAGGUGGUUGAAAUCACAAAGGUGCAGAUAAAAAGUUUCCAUGAGGGCUGCCUGGGCCAGAGGUUGGUCCGACAACUCUUAAAGGAUUUCAUGUGGCUGCUGGGCCCAGAGGUGUACUCUAGCGCCACAGCUGGAGUCUUUCUAGACAAGACGAUGCUUCAGGAGGCGAUAUCCAAUUUGCUGAAUGGGGAGGGCAUGCAGGACAUUGUCAAGAUAGUGAUUCCCAAAACUUUUCCCAAAGAAAUUCUGAAUGUGCUCAUGGCCGAGUGUGCUGGAAAAUACCCAGAGUGGUUGCUGACUCACAAAGAGAAUCUAGGUGAAGAAAAAUACAAGCAGUGCGAGAGUCAAAUGGAGCUCAUUAUGAACCUUGAUGUGGUUUAUGAAGAAACUCCUGAGAAUUUCUCCAAGAUACUGGAAGUGAUGUACAGGAUCGGAAGAUGCGGCUUCCCUCCAAGUGAUAUAAUUUCUGGCAUUUCUCCUAACCUUGUCGAGCAAUUAUUUACUGGGAUGCUUGAGCUGCUGCAGAGUAUGGACCAACUAUAAUUGUGUCGACCUGCUUUAUAUCAUGGAUCUCCUUACGUUGCAGGUUUAUUGGAAUGCUUGAGCUGCUGAAGUUGAUAUCCUUCCAACAAAUGAAGCAGUGCCAACCUGUAUACAUCUACCCUUGAAAGAGUUACCGUCCUCUGCAAAGCAUCAAAUAUAGGCGCAUAGGGAAUUCAGCCUUGCUGUUUGGUUCCGAGAUGACUUAACAUAAAAAUUCGGUAACACUGCAGGGUCGGGUACAGACACAGCCGUGCCUGUGCUUUCACUGAUAACUAGUAGCUGCCCUUUGGAAGUUUAAAACAAGUUCCUUGAUAUCUGUGCUAGCCUUCUAUGCUUGUAAUGUGCAGUAUGAAUGUAUCUCGUCUGUGCAAUCUGUGGUGCUGGAAACUGUUUGGGAGUUCAGACAUCUGGUGCGAGCCAGUGGAAUCUGUUGACAAAGCUCUUGCCGGGGAAUGGGCGGGCGGUGUAGUCGAGCUCUGCCACGCCCACAGUUCCUACACAUCCCAAAGAACACCGUACUGUACGACGAGUAACGACUGUAGGUUAGCUUUGCUCAACUUAUGUUGUGACUACGGACUCUGAAUAUAAUACCUACAUGCAGCAGUAUAGUUACAUGCUCUUGUUGCUGGGGCGGUCCCAGUUGUCGCAUUCGCCCGUCUAGUGCAGCUUGCAGUCCUGCUCCUGAAAUAGAAAAAAAAAACGAAGGUAAAAGUCCUGUCCUCAUUGUUCUGACUUUUUUUGUGGCAAUUUCUUUUA